AGCGUGGCGUCCUGCGGCGCGUGUGGGGUGUUGCGAGGCUCCGUCCCGCCGGGUAGAAUUCGGACCUCAUGGCGGAGAUAAUUCAGGAACGUCUAGAAGAUCGACUCCCCGAAUUAGAGCAGCUAGAGCGCAUUGGACUGUUCAGUCGCGCGGAGAUUAAAGCUAUCAUUAAGAAGGCUUCUGAUCUGGAAUACAAAAUACAGAGAAGAGCCCUUUUCAAGGAAGAUUUCAUCAAUUAUGUUCAAUAUGAAAUUAAUCUUUUGGAGCUGAUCCAGAGAAGAAGAACACGGAUUGGAUAUUCAUUUAAGAAGGAUGAGAUUGAGAAAUCUAUUGUACACCGGGUACAGGCUAUCUUCCGACGUGCUUCAGCAAAGUGGAAAGACGAUGUUCAACUUUGGCUAUCCUAUGUAGUUUUUUGUAAGAAAUGGGCUGCCAAAACUCAACUUAGCAAGAUAUUCUCGGCCAUGUUGGCCAUUCAUUCCAACAAGCCAGGUAUGUACUUUAGGAUGGAGUUGAUGCAUGCUGAAAAACUGAGGAAAGAAAAGCAAGAAUUUGAUAAAGCCAACAUGGAUGCGGUAAGAUUAUUCCCCUGCUUUUUAAAUUUAGGUGCAGAAUUUCACAUUUCACUGCUUUCAAUUGCACAGCUAUUUGAUUUUGCCAAAGAUCUACAAAAAGAAAUUUAUGAUGAUCUUCAGGCUCUACACACAGAUGAUCCUCUCACUUGGGAUUAUGUGGCAAGACGGGAAUUAGAGAUGGAGUCACAACCAGAUGAGCAGCCUCCAACGAAGCAAGCCAAAGCACUGCAGGUGGCCCGGAAGGAGGAGAGGUGCUGUGCCGUGUUUGAAGAGGCAGUGAAGACUCUGCCAACUGAGACCAUGUGGAAGUGCUACAUCAACUUUUGCUUGGAAAGAUUUGCUAAGAAGACAAAUAGUAAGCUCCUCAGAGGGAAGAGGCUGGAAAGAACCAUGACUGCAUUCAGGAAGGCCCAUGAACUCAAGCUUCUUCCAGAAUUGCAAUAUAAGCAGUGGAUUGAGUUGUUGUUGCACCAUAACUUCUUUAGGGAAGCUCUGGAGGUGGCAGUAGCUGGGACUGAAUUGUUUAAAGACUCCGCAGCAGUGUGGCAGAUGAAGCUUCAGGUGCUCAUUGACUCAAAGAGCCCUGACAUAGCCAUGCAUUUUGAAGAAGCCUUUGUGCACCUGAAACCCCAGGUUUGUCUGCCUUUGUGGAUUUCUUGGGCAGAAUGGAGUGAAGGUACCAAAAGCCAAGAAGACACUGAGGCAAUCUUUAAGAAAGCUAUCUUAGCUGUCACAGGUGCUGACUCAGUAACUCUGAAGGAUAGGUACCUGGAUUGGGCUUAUCGAAGUGGUGGCUACAAAAAGGCCAGAGCUGUAUUUAAAAGUCUACAGGAAAGCCGUCCGUUUUCUGUCAAUUUUUUCAGGAAAAUGAUUCAGUUUGAAAAGGAGCAAGUAUCAUGCAGAUGGUGA